GUUGAAUUAAAUAAUAUGUUGUUUUGUUCAUUGCUUGGCGACAAAAAGUUCAGUAUAUAUCAAGAAAGGAGUCAGAUAGAAAGCAGCAAAAUUUUAGUCAUCUCCAGCGUCUUUUUGUUUUCGAAGAGCUUUUCUGAGUUCAAAUGAAAACCAUGCGUUUGGUAUGGACCAGCAUUAUUCUGUUUUUCCUCUCUGCCUCGCUUUCAUCUGCGCGCGCUGACAAAGUAAAAUCAAUCCUACAACACGUUGCGCAUGAUUUGAAUGAAUUAGCGGCAACUAUCACCAGGAGCAACGGAUCUUUCAGAUCUUACGUCAUUUCAAAUUUGCAAAAGAAAAUAAAACCAGGAGACCUAGAUGUGAUCGCCACAAACGAGCUGGUGGAACUGGAAACUGGAAUUUACUACAUCAGCGAGGAAAAAUUGAACUGGUACAAGGCGGGUCAGAAGUGCAAAGCAAGUGGGCUCGACCUCGCGAGCAUUGAGACAGAGCUGGAGAAUGAUCAACUAAAGAAAACAAUAUUUGAAAGUGAGACCGACGAGUACUACUGGCUCUCGGGCACCGACCUUGGCUCCGAGGGUCAAUAUUACUGGGCGGCGACAGGCCAGCCGAUGGCCGAGUACCGCGACUUUCCUCUCCACCAGCCCGACAACUACGCCGAUGAAGAACAUUGCAUCCACCUAAGAAUCAACUACAACCACAAGUCGCGCUCCCCUAAUGAGACCUAUUGGAAUGAUUAUUCCUGCUUGGUUGAAACCAGGUUCAUCUGCGAGUACCAACAUUGACGUCAGUCAUUAAUUUGAUUCGAACUGACGAAAAAUUAUUUUUAUUCCUAGAAAGCCAUUCCUUGAAAAUUAUAUAUUUCCACUUAUAGCGUUGAAGGAAACUCGAUCGAAAAGAAGAAAAAUGAAUUUAAUCUUACAGCAUCAAACUCUUAUUUCUUAAACUUAUCACUAUGAUAUUUUUGUCGCACAUCAUUCUUCCGCUCAAAUUUCAAUAAAAGCAAUAUAAAAAUUAA